CUACUAUGGGAGAGAACAAACCGGAUUUCAGGGGAGGAAGAAGCGCUGGAAGUGGAUAGGACACACAUUGAGGAAAGCACCCAACUGCGUCACAAGACAAGCUCUUACAUGGAAUCGUCAAGGCCAAAGGAGGAGAGGAAUACCAAAGAACACAUUACGCCGAGAAAUGGAAAUAGACAUGAGAAAAAUGAACAAGAAUUGGAUGGAACUAGAAAAGAAGGUGGAGGACAGAGUGGGUUGGAGAAUGCUAGUUGGCGGCCUAUGCUCCAUUAGGAGUAACAGGCGUAAGUAAGUAAGUAAUAACACAUAUCUAGGAUACGAAGCACUAUUACAAUCCAGUAUACUGUAUCAUUACGGCCAAGCGUGAUGUUAAAGAAAUUAUCGUCGACGAUUUAAAUUCAAGGUUAUUUUGGAAUUCUAGCAUCAAUAACUCAUCUUUUUUAUGGUGAUCUCGGAGACCUAGCACGUUAAAUCCCUUUCAGAUAACACGAGACAAAUUCGUCUGAAAAAACUGACCUGUCUUCAAGCCUUGUAUUUGAUCAUAAAUAAAAUUGAAAUUCAUAUCACGAAUCUGGUGUAUAUGUGUACAUGCUUCCUCCCUUGUCAUCCUUAAUUUUCUAAGUCUGAAUCAAGCUUAGCACAAAAAUGAGUGUAUAUGGCAUUUAUGUGAUAAGUGAAUCUGGCUCACUACAGUUUUAUUAUGAUCAUUCUGAUGUUACCGUGGAAGUAGAAAAGAAAUACGAUUUCCCACUCCCGUUCCAUUUCAAAGCUAUGGAUGGUCGUAUUGUCGUGGAUUUUGGUGCAUGUGACGAUGUAAAGAUAGGGUAUACUGUGAUAUCUGUUGACGGCAUUACAGCUAAAGGCACAUCUCUGGAAGAUAACAGGGAUAUUUUGAAAGUUUUUUCAGAUAAAGACAACUUUCCACUGACUAUCAAACUUGGGAGACCUCGACUACGUCCAAAUGACCGAAUUCACCUUGCUAGUAUGUUCCACCCAUUACACUCAAUGGCCCGACUUCUUUCCCCAAUUCCGGAUUCCAAUUCCAGCUUUGUCGCUCCGGCUAAUGAUAAAAAGGCUCCACGAGUUUGGAAUUCUGGUAUCCAAACUUUGGAAACGGAAUGCUGCCGUGUUCAUUGUUUGGAAACCCAUACAGGUGUUAAAUUUUUACUUGUUACUGAUGUUAAAUUACCAGUGGCUUCUCGCGAGGCUCUCCGCAGGGUGUACGAGGCUUAUACAGAUUUUGUGUUGAAAAAUCCCUUUUAUGCUCGGAACCAACCUUUUAAUUACGAAUUCUUCGCUAAUCAAAUAAAAACCAUAUGUGAUCAAGUAGAAAAGGGAAUGUAUGUAAUUAACUAGUAUUUUAUUCCUUUGCUGAUUUUCAUUGAUUACUUUCAUUCCACCAAACAUAUCACUUAGCUAUCUUUUAUUUUUAUUCUGACUUCUUACGAUUCUUUCUCAUUUGUCCUAUCUACAACCUAAGUGUUUAGCUAACUAGGGUGGGAGUGGGUUGGAGAAAGGUUAAUGGCAGUUGAGCCAAUAUAUUGCUCGUAGUGUGCGAUCAUUAGUCCAAUACUUGAAGAAUUUCUUGGUUUGGGUACGCAACGUAAUUGUAAUCGAUUAUUUAUAAGCAUAAAGUAAUAUGCCUCAAAAUAGGUAACAGUGAUCUUCAUGUAUUCACUUUCGUCUUCCUUUUAGUAAUAUACACAGGAUUAUCCCUAAUUGUUCAUUUCAGUAGUUUCUCCUGACUUCCUCUAUAAGUUUUCUGAAACUGUUGAUACCAUUAUUUUCCGUUUUGCUUUCUAUCUCGUUAACUUUCUAAUAAUUAUGUGAAGUAUGCCAGUUUGAAAUGACACAUUUCUCCUAAGUCUUAGUGUUUAUAUAUUUUCUUUAAAACUUCCUCCAAAAAUAUGUAUCAUACCACAUUAUACAUACCAAUAAACUUUAUUUGUUUUAUAAAAAUCAUAGGCUUUUAAUCCAUUCUGGCGAUUUAGAUCCACCUAUAGUUUGUCUUUCAAAGUGAAGAUGUCUUGCCGAUCUUUGUCUAUGGAUGCUUCAAUCGCUCUCUAAACAAGCUUAUAUAACUAAGCAUGUAUUUACACUUGAAAAUGUAAUGCUUAUUUCAAGAUUUAGUCUAAUGAUGCUCUCCAUACUGAAGUUCAUGCUGUUUAUCGGUAGUCAAACAACGCACCAUUUAGAAAAUCUUUUAAACUAUGUCGUUUCCAAACAAGGUUCUUUAGUUUCUGUACACUAGUUUCUUCGAAACUGGUUGAUUGAGUUUCCGUCUGAUCAUCCCUGUGAAAUCCGUUAUCUAGCAGUAUGUUUUCAAAUCACUCCGAUUUUAUAGCUCACUCGUCUAGUAUGUUGAUCACUUCUAUUGGUUGACGGGGAUUCCAAUUUAUAUAUAGGUUUAUACUACUAUCAUAUGUCGCUAGUUCGUUUAAGUUUUGUUAAUACUCAAAAUCUACACAUAACUAUGAUGCCCCUUCUCUCCAGUCGAGUUGUUCCAACCCAGUAAUAAAAUAACUUUGUACACUCGUCACAAUUUAAGUGUUUAAGCCAAUGAACUGCUCGACUGCUUAAGUCAGAGCAAAUAAAACAAAAUUUGACCCUGUAACUCUAUACUUAAAGAGCUACUACUGUUUUAAACGGACGAUAUAUUCAGUCGAUGUAUUUCUUGUAAUUGAUGUGACAAUAAGUUGAUAUGCUGAUUGUUUCCGUUUCCGUGUAGUUUGUAUGCAGACCAGUCAAAGGUAAAACCUUAUGGUUAGUGGAGACACCAUAUGAGGAGAAUUCUUGGGAAAAGUUUAAAUUAUCGCUUACGUGAAGCCUAAUAUGCACCAAAUCAGCCAGAUAGUUACAUCGGUCCAAAUAAUAAUAAUUUAGUGUGUAAGAAACUAGUUGAAUUAGGUAACAAAAGACGAACCAUCAAAUGUUUGGAACUAAACAAUUUUGUCACUAUAGUAGACAACAGCUAUAGAUUUAAGAAAAUCAAGAUAUAAACACUGGAGAAUAUUGUUGUACUUCUCCCAAACUUUUGCAGCAAAUUUUAUCGGGCUGAUUUGUGUACACUUUAGACAAUAGGCGGGUAGUCGUUUCAUUGUACAUAUCUCUGCUAACUGCCAUUCAUGACUAACGUUAUGGUACAGAUGAAUCCCACAUUAUGAAUUUUGUGGUUGAGCGGGACUUAAGGGUAGCAAAACAUUCCUAUUUUGAUAUCAUGCUCUAUUUAAUAUACGUGAUCACUUACAGAAGGGUAAUGAUCGCAUGUAUUCUAGUAAUCAGUCAAGUCUUGCUUUUGUUGCAUCUGAAGAAGCUAGUGAAAAGAGUUAAUAGGAUUUCUUGUUAUUCCACUUCAUUAAGGUCAUGAUCCACAUAAGUUAGCUCAGUUUUUGGUUA